UAAUGCCCGAAACACCUCAAACUUUUUUGAUUAACAUCUCCAUAAUAGAAGGCCGCCAUUACAUUUGGCUGAAUACAAAUUCCGCAGUGUUAGUACAGAUUGAUAAUUCAAAAAAAUACACCACCGUGAGAUAUCAAACAGACUCUCCUUACUACAACGAGUAUUUCGUUUUCGAAUUUUUCACAACCCUCGAAAAAGUCCUCGACAAGAAUGUAAAAAUUUCGGUUUUUAAACCUGGAGGGAUCUUAAGAAAACGUAAAGUUCUUGGAUACGUCAGCUUUGACGUUGGUACUAUAUGGUACCAGAAAGAUCAUCUGCUGUAUCACAAAUGGGCCAUUCUGUUGGCGCCAAAUAAAGAUUAUAUCAGCGGAACUCAAGGUUAUCUGAAAAUAGAUGUCAGCGUUCUUUCCAAAGGAGAAACUCCCAAAAUACCUCCAUUCAUAAAUACAAACGAGAUCGAAGGAAAUUUAUUUGUGCCUGGAGGAAGCGCUGCUGAUCGUCAGAAAGCAAACUUUAUUUUUGAUGUUUAUCGAGGGAUGGAUCUUGUCAAGAAAAAUCCGUCUCAGGAAAAUGUGAAAAAAUUUGAUAACUUACCAACGACUCACGUUGGAAUAUCAUUUUCUGGAACAAGCGUGAGAACUACCUCAAAGAAAAGUGCCUCCUCACCAGUUUGGAACGAACGCUUAAUUUUAUCGGAGCUUUUCCCUCCACUUUGUCAAAGAUUCAGAAUUGAGCUUUACCACGAGGAAACGAAAAGAGCAACCCGUCAGCUUAACUUAUACAGUAUUUCUAAUGAUAACGAAGAAGGAUUUUUACCCACCUUUGGUCCAUCUUUCAUUCAUUUUUAUUCUCCGAAUAAUUUAGAGGGGUAUUUGGGUAAAGUUCUACUAUCUCUUCAAACUGUUUUUACCGGUGAUUUGGCUGACUAUGAAAGUAAUAAUGCUGUGGUGCAUAAACCUGCGGCACCAUUGAGAGAAGGAUACUUUCUUAAACACGAAAAUGUUGUUUUGUUUGCUACCAUAUUUGAAGUUACGUCUAUUAGCAAAAAGUACAGCGAUAAGCAAAUUUCGUUUCGAUUGUCUUGUGGUGUUUUAAAUAUGGAUGAAAGUGGGGACAAAGAUAUUGCAGCUGUUUCAUCGCCAAUGAAGCCUAAAGUAACUAAUAAAAAUUACAGUUACUUACCUAGUGACCACAACAAGCUGUGCCUUCAUUUAAUAUUGACACUACCAGAUGUUAGAAAAAGAAUGUUUAACUAUAACUUGCUAACAAAGAUCUUAAAAGAAUUAAGGCAAAGACUAAAUAAAAUUGAAGACGUUUUUCAAAAUAAAGAUCAUAAAAUGGCGAGUAUAGAAGCCGAACCUUUGCUUUUAGAAACUUUAGACUUUGUUACUUCCGCUGCUGGAAAAUACAAUGAUAUAGCGUCAAACUACAACCUUGAAAGCGACCCAGUUCUAGAUCAACAGCGGCUCAGAAUGUGUUUGAAAGAAAUGGAGCUUGCAAGAUUUGUAUCCCAACAUAUUGUACGCAAUCAAAGCAGGAGAAAAAUUUUCCAAAAACUUGAAAAAAUUUACACUAAAAUAGAAGCUAUAGUUGACAUUAUAGAAGAUUGGCCCCGAAUUUAUCUCUGGAUGAUCUACGGCAACAAACGUGUGGCUUAUGCUAUUAUUAAUCCUCGAGAUGUUAUUCACUCUCCAGUAGAAGAAGAGAAAGGGCUUUAUUGUGGUGUUCUACAAAACAUCUACUUUCAAACAGAAACGAACCAGUAUACUGAAGAUUUUAUUUCGAGUGUUUGCACCGCGAAUAUUAUGCUGUGGAUGGGUUUUGACCGACAUUUACACAGUACCUUUCCUUCCGGUUUUACCAUUUCAACAGAACCUAUCCCUAGAAAUUUGAUAGCCGAAGAAAGUUAUUAUUUUCAAGCGCGGGCUCACAUUUUUCAAGGGAGAUUAGCCCCAGGGGCUGACAAAAGUGGCCUUUGUGAUCCGUUUGUUGACGUAAUUAUUGGACCCCACUUUCGACGAACCCAGGUGUUGAGAAAAAUUUUGACACCAGUGUGGGACCAGACUUUGAUUUUUCCAAAAAUGCGUCUAUAUGGGGAACUUAAUUUUAUCAUUGCCAAUCCUCCUACUGCUUGUUUUGAGGUUUACGACAAAGAUGAAUUACGAAGUGUUGAACCAAUCGGAAAAUGUAUUCUGAACCCUGUCGUUAAAACAAAAGAGGAUUUUUAUGAUUCUUCUAAACCCCGUGUCAAACUUUCAUGGCACAAGAUUUACAGUCGAUUUAGUGGGGGUGGAGAACUUUUAGCCGGUGUUGAACUACUAGAAGUUUCUGAAGAUCAAGCCGACAGUAAAGACGACGUUAUCCUUAAAAUACCUGCAGAAGUUAAACCAAAUUUUAUUAAUCAUCGAAUCGAAGUGGUAUUCUGGGGAGUUAGAGACCUGAAGAAAGUUCAGAUGAGUCAAAUCACUAAACCAAAAAUCACAAUAGAGUGUUGUAAUACUAGUGUUUCAUCUGACGCACUUUCAAAUGCCAAGAAAAACUUGAAUUUUGCAAAUCCGAUAAAGUUGUUCGAACUUAACAUUCCAGAACAAGAAUACGCACCUCCACUAUGUCUUAAGAUGUUUGAUUGUCGAAAUUUUGGAAUAACUGUGUUUGCAGGUACCCACGUAGCUCCACUGGGGCCUUUCUUUUACAAACCUCUGAGUAGCUUGGAAAGAGAAUCCAAACUAAUGCACGUUCAGCAAAGCUCUAUAAAUUUUGUUCCCUCUCUAGGAUCUAUUAUACAACAGUUAGAACAUGUUCAGGAAACGAUACCAAACGUUGAAGAAACUUCUCCCAAGGAGAAUAAAUGGCGAACAUUUUUAAAAAAACUGUACCGUAGACAAAAAUCUGAGAAACUGUUGGCAGACACCGAACCGGAACAACUUGAAUAUAAUGACGAUUUUGACUGGUGGACUAAAUUUUAUGCCUCCCAGGAAGAAACACACACAAGUAGCGAGAUUCCUCUAACUCACAAGUAUAAAUUGAAGAUAUAUCAGAGCGAACUUGAACAACAACCUGAAUUUGGUGGUUUUACUGACACUCUUACUUGUUUUCCAAUGUACAAAGGUAAAAAAACUGGAGACGAAAUAGUAGACGAGGAAAACACUACAGGGAUAUUUAAAGGAGCUUUAAAAAUUUAUCGGUGGCCUUUGAGCAACGACUAUGUGACCUUUAAAGGUCUGCCUUUAGAACAGGGAAUGUUUCAAGACUUUCCGUCAAAUACUCCUGUUCGAUUUGUUGUAAGAGUUUAUUGCAUACGGGGUUUAAAUUUAAGACCGAAAGAUGUAAGUGGAAAAUCGGACCCUUACAUUCGUUUAAAGCUUAACCAACAAGAAAUUAACGACAAAGAUAAUCCUGUGAUGGGACAAUUGAAUCCAAUUUUCGGCAAAUGUUUUGAAAUGAAGGGUGUUUUCCCCGAAGACCAUACUUUAGUAAUUACAGUCAUGGAUUACGAUGUUGCUACAGCAGAUGAUCUCAUUGGAGAAACUAAAAUCGAUUUGGAAAAUAGAUUUUUUACUAAACAUAGAGCCAGUUGUGGGAUAGCUGGGCACUAUUUAACUUCAGGUUACUGCCAGUGGAGAGGUCACCAAAAACCGACUGCAAUUUUGGAAACACUUUGUAGCAGAUUUAAUAUACCGGACUUACACUACGAAAGAAAUUUUGUAAAAGUGGCUUCUAGGAUGUUUAGUCCGGAGAAUUUUACUAUUACUGACAAUAUAGACAUAGAUCGUCAAAUACUGGCGUUAGAAGCUCUAAAGCACUGGUCCGAAAUACCACUAGUGGGUUAUGCACUAGUCCCCGAACAUGUAGAAACCCGAUCUUUAUACAACCCUCAAAAACCAGGACUUGAACAGGGCAAGUUGCAGCUAUGGAUAGAUAUUUUUCCUUUAGUCGACGUACCCACUCCUAAGCAGGUGGACAUUACCCCACGUAAACCAGUACCAUAUGAGCUUCGAGUAAUUAUCUGGAACGCACACGGGAUAAAAGUCCCAGAAAAAGAUUUGCUCACAGGCGAGAACAAAGCAGACAUUUUCGUCAAAGGAUGGAUUUUAUCACCCUCUCACCCUCAAUUUACUGACGUACAUUAUCGAUCCCUCAACGGAGAAGCAAACUUUAACUGGAGAUUCGUCUUUCCUUUCGAUUAUCUCAGUUCUGAAAACAAAGUCCUUAUCAAAAAGAAGCUGAUGUUUGGAGCUGACGAAGAAAUAAAAUUACCAUGUCGAUUAACACUGCAAACUUGGGACAACGACACGUUUUCUUUUGACGAUUUCUUGGGUACAACAAAUUUGGAGCUUUCUAAAUUACCUCGAGCUGCAUCUUCAGCAAAAGCAUCGGAAUUAGCACAUGAACAGCAUAAGAAUUCAUUUACUAAUCUUUUCAAAGUUCGAAGAACCAAAGGCUGGUGGUCUUUAAAAAGCUUCGAUCCCCAAACACAAAAAGAUGUUUAUGGUGGAUCUCUUGAGCUGGAAUUUGAUUUGGUAACGGGAAAAGAAGCGGAAAAGUUUCCGGUGGGGUUAGGACGAGAUGAUCCUCAGGGACUUCCUAAACCUAAUCGUCCCGAAACUUCUUUUUCGUGGUUCAAAAACCCAUUUAGAGCAAUGAAAUUUAGUCUGAAAUUUUUUACAAAGAAGUGUAGGAAAAUUAUUAUUAUUGCUGUGGUGAUUUUGAUUAUCAUUUUGGUGUGCUUUAUGCUGCCUGGACUCGGAGUAACGAAAAUUUUGGGGGUCCCACAACAGCAUACACAAAGAAUUGUACAAAAUAUACACACAUGUCAAAACGAAUCGUGUUCGUCUGACAACACAACUGCGUUGCCAGAUGCUCAUCAUACUGAUUAAGACGUCAUCAUUACGCCACCUAUAGCAGGAAAAGUCAGUAAACGUAAACUUAAAUUUUGAUCAAACAAUCAUAUUUACAU